GGCGAUUUCGGACAUUGAAAAUAUCCUUAAACUAAUUUUAACAAAAAUUUAUUACUAUUAAUACAACAAAAACAUGGAUCAUCAACAUAAACAUAACGUUAAUGAUGAUAAUGAUGAUCAACGACGACAACGCCAGUGUAGAGAACAGCCUAAAGUCGACCAAUUUAUGGAUCAGCUAAACGAUGAUCAUAUGGUUGGCAGGGGUGCCUUCGGUGUCGUCUAUAAAGUCCAGUCCAAGCAAUCAGGAAAGUCCUAUGCAUUGAAAGUGGUAACACUUGAACCCGAUGAUAUCGAUAGUAUGCUAUACAAAGAGAUUGAUUGUCUAAUGAAUGUUAGCGACAAUAAUAAAAAAUGUUCACAAUAUGUGGCCAAAUAUUAUGAUCACCGAAUUGUUAGCAAAGAUAACCAAUUGUUUUUGCUGAUGGACUAUUCGGCCGGCAAUCUAUGCCAGCUAUUGGACGCUAAACCGGGUAUAUGUAGGCGCCAAUCGGGUGAUCCACUAAGUAAACCUGAAUACUAUAUGACGGGUGCAAUGUUUAAGCUGAUACUCGAAGCUGUACAGCAUAUACACGGGUUAGACCCGCAAAUCAUCCAUGGUGAUCUAAAACCAGAUAACAUAAUGAUUGAAUUGAAUGGCUUUGAAAACUCAUACGCCAAACUCAUUGAUUUCGGUCUGGCCACCUAUCACUACCGCGGCGGCGAUAAUUGGCAACAUAAUACUGCCGAAGAUGGUGGGGAACAAACAAAAUAUAUGGCACCCGAAAUGGCCACUGGCCAACAGUACGAUCAUCGGGUAGAUGUCUAUAGUCUGGCGAUUGUCGGUGCGGAACUGUUUGCUAUCGAUUUGCAUCUAUUGAAUGCUAAUGAUGUCGAUCAGCUUAGACCGGGUGUCUUCUGUCGGCAACGACUGAAUCGGAUCUACUAUUGGUUGUGUCGUAUGCAUAGCCCGGAUCCGGAUGACCGGCCCGAGUGUUCAGAAAUUGUUGCCGAUUAUGACAACUGGAACUUUUCGAUGGCUGACAUAAUGUUCACAUGGAUGGCCAACUAUAAUCAUAUUUACCAGAAAUUGGUGCCACCAACUCGACCGGAUCAGCCCAACGAACAAAACAUAUUGGUUAGGGCGGGACUCGACCGACACGCCAGUCUACAGCAGGUCAUCGAUAUGUUGGCCGAAGAAAAAUGGUCUAAACUGUUGGACGCGGUAUUCAAUGAAAAUAAAUAUGGCGACCAAAUUGAUCUUGAUUAGUUUUUGUUGUUGUUAAAAACAUUGAUAUGAUUCAUGUAUUA